AUGGCUUCACGGUUCUUUUCUUCCCGUCGUACGGGCUUAGCUCUAGCUGCAGGAUGUCUCUUAUUUGCAACAUUGGCUGCAGCCAAUGUUCGUCCUGAAGAGCUCUCUAUUAGCCAGAUCGAGGAGCAGCUCCAGAAUUGCCCGCUCGUUGAAGCACUCAAUGAGCACAAACGAGCCACUGCUCCUGAAACUGCUAGUUUGACCUCGAAGAUCUUCGCCGUUCUCUUCCCAGGCAGCCCAGCAGUGAACUCUCUGCUCGCAACUCUAUAUAUCUCCGGACCGCCCAACUUCCUCCUUGCACUAUGCCCACCAAACAUCGACCCCUCCUCCCUAUCCGUCAUGGUUGCAUUCGCCGUAGGAGGUCUUCUCGGCGAUACGCUCUUCCACCUCCUCCCUGAAAUCUUCCUCGGUGAAGAUUCCCCAGACCACGUCAGCUUCGUAAUGGUUGAACCAAACAAGAACCUCCUUCUCGGUCUAGGAAUCAUGGUUGGUUUCUUCACCUUCGUGGCUAUGGACAAGACACUCCGCAUCGUGACAGGCGGCGAGGGACAUGAUCAUUCCCACGGACACGCACACGCAGAGACCUCCACCGCACUGACAACUAGCGCCGAGACAAGUGAUAAGCGUACCGGAAACCUCAAGCAGCGCAAGUCGGCAACCGGAUCUACUGAUUCUACCCCUACUGAGAUCGAGGAUAAGGAAAUCAACCCCAGUGUCAAGCUGGGAGGGUACCUCAACCUAAUUGCGGACUUUACACACAACAUCACCGAUGGAUUAGCCCUUUCAUCAUCUUUCUACGCUUCGCCCACCAUUGGCGCAACCACUACCGUUGCUGUUUUCUUCCAUGAAAUCCCGCAUGAGGUCGGUGACUUUGCACUUCUCAUCCAGUCUGGCUUUUCUAAGCGUAAGGCUAUGGGCGCUCAGUUUGUGACAGCUGUUGGUGCGUUCCUGGGUACGUUCAUUGGAAUUGCAGUGCAGGAGUUUGGCGGGAAUGGCGUGAUGUUGGACGAUUCACCUGCACCUGGUAUUUGGGGAACUAGUCUUACAUGGGGUGAUAUGCUACUUCCUUUCACCGCUGGUACUUUCUUGUAUGUCGGCACAGUGGCUGUUAUCCCUGAACUGCUAGAGACCGGCAAGGAUAAGGCUGUUGAGGUGCGCAAGACCAUUACACAGUUCCUUGCUGUUGCCCUUGGAGCAGGAAUUAUGCUUGCAAUCUCUUGGGAUUGA